ACAAUCAAAAAACGUUGUUCUUGCUCCGCUCUAAAUAUCAAGGAUACAUCGGUUGCAUCCUUGCCAGGAGACCAGUCCCAUAAUUCAUUACUCCCCUGGUUCUUUCUUGGGAAGCAAAUUAGCAAUACCACUCUUUCCAGAUCCACAAGUAUGAUCUUUGCAUUCUUGGUCUAGACUGGAUUAGGAACUAAAAGGAGUCCCUCCAAGGGAUUACAAUUGGACCCAGUUCUUGUGGUGUGAAUACGACAAAAGGUUCUGGUUCCUGAAAAAAGUUCCCGUGGUGUGAAAGCACCCCAAAGGUAGGCGAGUACCUGGAAGUGCAGUACGUUUAUUACUCUAAUCCAAAAAUGGACAUUUGCUAAUAACAGUGCUAUUAUUUGUUUAUCACUAGCAGUAACAGCUGGAAAAAAUAGUGUACCUAAUAUUAAUUUUGUUUUUUUUCUCCCUGUGUAUUAACAGACUAUCUGUUUCUAAUCUUACCUGAGGAACUAUCCAAGGAAGCUUCCUCACAGCUGGUCAGCAUGGAAAUUCACUACAUCAACAACUCUGUUAUAUUUAUAAGUAAACAGUUCAAUGCCUCAGGUCAGGAAUUGACCUUAUUUAAGCAGUGCGAACACAUGCCUGCCAUGAUCAUUUUUUAUUUGAGCCUGCAGUAUGUUAACAUGUUCUUGGGAAUCCCAGCCAACUUGAUGGUUCUGUGGCUUCUGCACAAAAACAAAGCGGACUCCUCCACCUCAGACAUCUUUAUUUGGCACCUGGCUGUUCUGGACACCCUCUUCUGCCUCAUCCCUCCUCUGGAAUUGGCCAACAUCAUGUACCUGACAAGCAGCAGCCUCCGGUACGUGCUACGCCUCUUCUACGGCAUCAAAGACUCAUCCUCGCUCUUCCUCUCCUGCAUCUGCUUGGACCGCUACAUGGCGGUGGUCCACCCCAUUACCUUUGCGGCGCUGAAGGACCGCCAGCACCGGUCAGUGUGCGCCACGGUUGUGUGGGUCCUCACACUGGCUUACGCGGCAGUCAAGUGCACGGGAACCAUCGUAAAAUUCGAGAAGGCUUUCACUGUCAUGAUCCUGGCCACCUUCGCUGUCAUGCUGUUCUGCAACCUCUCCAUACUCUUCACCCUCCGGCACUCUGGACCAGCUCGGGAUGUGAUGCACCCGGUCAAGAAGAAAGCCUUCAAGAUGGUCCUCAUCAUCCAGACCAUCAUCAUUUUCAACUAUUUGCCUCCUGUGGCGCUCUUUCCAUUUCAGGAGUACUUCUCUCACGAUGUCUUCCACUGUUACAUCAACUACCUC